AUGGGGCGGGCGCUCGGCGUGCUGGGCUGCUGCCUGGCGCUGGCGCUGCUGCCGCUGCCCGCGGCCCCGCGGGGCCCCGCGCUCCGCCCGCGCCGGCAGCCGCGCCCCGGCGGCCGCUCCGCAGACACUGCCUGUAAGAACCGGCCUCUAGACCUCGUCUUCAUCGUAGACAGCUCCCGCAGCGUCCGGCCUGAAGAGUUUGAGAAGGUGAAAAUCUUCCUGUCAGAAAUGAUCGAUACCCUGGAUGUCGGUGAAAGAACGACGCGUGUGGCGGUCAUGAACUACGCCAGCACUGUCAAGGUGGAGUUUCCCCUCCGGACCUACUUUGACAAAGCCUCUCUGAAGGAGGCUGUGUCUCGCAUCGAGCCCUUGUCUGCUGGCACGAUGACCGGCCUUGCCAUCCAAACUGCCAUGGAAGAAGUCUUCACCGAGGAGAUGGGCACCCGGCCAGCAACCUUCAACAUCCCCAAGGUGGUCAUUGUUGUGACGGAUGGACGGCCACAAGACCAGGUUCAAGACGUGGCGGCAAGCGCGCGGACAGCCGGCAUCGAGAUCUACGCCGUCGGGGUGGACCGGGCAGACAUGCAGUCCCUGAGGACGAUGGCCAGCGAGCCUCUGGAUGAACACGUCUUCUAUGUGGAGACCUAUGGUGUGAUCGAAAAGCUGACAUCCAGAUUCAGGGAGACUUUCUGUGCUGCGAACGCGUGUGCCCUGGGGACCCACGGCUGCCAGCAGGUCUGUGUGAGUAACGGGGCAUCCCACCUCUGUGACUGCUACGAAGGAUACAUCCUGAAUCCAGACAAGAGAACCUGCUCAGCUGUGGACGUGUGUGCAUCUGGGAGGCACGAGUGUGACCAGAUCUGUGUGAGUAACAAUGGAUCCUAUGUCUGUGACUGCUAUGAAGGCUACACCUUGAAUCCAGACAAGAAAACUUGCUCAGCCAUGGACAUGUGUGCUCCUGGGAGGCACGACUGUGCCCAAGUCUGUCUGAGUAAUGAUGGAUCCUACAGCUGUGGCUGCUAUGAAGGAUACACUCUGAAUCCAGACAAGAAGACUUGCUCAGGAGCCAUAACGAGCAGUCUUGUAACUGAUGAAGAGUCCUGUAAGUGUGAAGCCAUAGCUGCCCUCCAGGACUCAGUGACCUCAUACCUUGAAGCUCUAUCCACAAAAUUAGAGGAAGUGUCUGAGAAGCUGCAGGCAUAUCAAGACAGACAGCAGAUUGUCUGAGCUAUCAUUUUGGUUGAUUUUAAAAUAAUUUUUCAGAAUCAAGCCUUUUUAUUGUUUUCAGGAAGCUUUACUUCAUUGCACAGCUUACAAAACAGCAGUGGUUUAUUAUUACUGACAAAUGUCAAGAAGACUUCAGGAAGACAAGAGUCUUGAAAAUACAGUGACCCUGAGGAUCUUCAUGUUCAGUCACUUUACAGCCAUGAAGCUACUCAUACUUGCUGUGCUUCAGUUUCUACUGCAGAUACUGCUUUUCUGUAGUUACUGCAUUUUUUAUUCUCUUACUUCAAAGUAAAUAAAAAAAAAAAAAGAAUGGAUACAGUAUAUCACAUUAUAUAAAGCUUUGAAAUGGCAAGGCAGAAUGCAAAAAUGUGCCUAUGUCUUCUUUCAAUUAAAUGGGAAAGUAAGUUUGGUUCUUGUAACUUAUUUUAAUAAAUGACAAUAUGAUAUGCA